GGUCUACACAAAGGUCUUUCUUUUCUCUCCAAAGUUUAUAGUAACUCUCCUACUAUAAUUGGCAGUUUGCAGCAAGCAGAAAAUUUCCACGAAAGUUCUCACAUUUUCCUGGAAAAAAAUUGAAGUCUUCUUUUAUUAAGAUUUCUGGGUUCUGUUGGUUAUGGCGUGGAGGAAUCUAGGAUCUCUUUUUAACUUCCGGGGUAUCUUUCAGGGAAGAACCCCGGAGAUCGAACUGGGACGAAGGUACACGAUUAAAUCCCAUGGAGCUGCACUUGCAAAGAACCACAUGUACGAUUGGCUUAUACUGCUGCUCCUUGCAGUGAUAGAGCUCAUUUUGUUCAUCAUUUAUCCGUUCUACCGUUUUGUGGGGAAGGAUAUGAUGGAAGACCUUAGAUAUCCCAUGAAAGCGAACACGGUGCCUGUGUGGGCUGUCCCUAUGUACUCGGUUUUGUUGCCUAUUGUGAUUUUCCUCUUUUUCUAUAUGCGUCGGAAAGAUGUCCAUGAUCUGCACCAUAGCAUUCUUGGCCUCUUGUUCGCCGUGCUGAUUACUGGUGUUAUCACGGAUGCCAUAAAAAAUGCUGUUGGCCGCCCUCGACCAGACUUCUUUUGGCGUUGCUUUCCUGAUGGAAAAGAUGUUUAUGAUCAGUUUGGGGGUGUAGUGUGCCAUGGUAAGGACAGUGACAUAAAGGAAGGACAUAAGAGUUUUCCAAGUGGUCACGCUUCAUGGUCCUUUGCAGGUUUAGGAUUUCUCUCGUUGUACUUGUGCGGGAAGAUUAAAGCAUUUGAUCGCAAAGGGCACGUGGCGAAACUAUGUAUUGUCUUGCUUCCUCUCCUUGCUGCAUCUCUCGUUGCCAUUUCAAGAGUAGAUGACUAUUGGCACCAUUGGCAAGAUGUGUUUGCUGGAGGUCUCUUAGGACUUGUUGUGGCUUCAUUUUGUUACCGGCAAUUCUUCCCUUCCCCUUAUCAUGAUCAAGGAUGGGGUCCUUAUGCGUAUUUCUCCGCUUUGGAGGAGACGCGUAUCCUUUCACAUCUGGGUGUCAAUCCUACGAACAAUGCACCGAGUGUGCAGGUGACGGGGGCUCAGAAUGUGAACGAACAACACAUACAAAAUAGCGAUGCAUUUGCAGCAUUCUCUGGAAACCGAUACACAAGCAUUAGGCUGCAUGAAAUGGAAUCAGGCGGAAAGUAGUAUUGUACAUGCCGCGCUUCGUCUAGGCACUCCGCAUACCGCUUAUGCUCGUGUAGAUACCGGUUUAAGACACCUUGCGUAGACAGGAUAUUAGUACCAUAAAGAGAUAGUUUAGUUUGCUAA